CGGAGGAGGCGGCGCGUGGGCUCGGGGCUCGUCCCUGAAUGAGCCACUUGCAGAAGUGACCGACCCAGCGUUCCCUCCCCAGUCUACCGGCGCAGGGAGCGCAGAGAGCGCAGGACAUGGCCCUGAAGACUCGCUCCUUGGAAUGUCCUCCUGCUCCCGGCUUAUAAACAACUGUCCCGGGGAAAGAAAGGUUUUGCGUGUCCAAAUACCGCCCGACAAAUGGCACUUCGGAACUGUGCUCUCUGGUGACAAGGCGCUCGCGCUCUGACAAAGCCUCUCCCACGCGGCCCCCGCAGGGGAGUCCUGAGUGAAACUCGGGCCGCCGGAGACCGAGGGUCGGAGGCUGCGGGCGAGCGGCAUGGCCUGGGCCGGGCACCUGCUCACCUGGCUGCUGUGGGGCUACCUGCUGGAGCUGUGGGCCGGGGGCCACGCGGCCGGCCCCUCGCACCCCCGCCUGCGCCUGGCGCACAAAGAGCUCUUGGAAUUAAACAGAACAUCAAUCUUUCAUAGCCCUUUUGGAUUUCUUGAUCUCCACACAAUGCUGCUGGAUGAAUAUCAAGAGAGACUUUUUGUGGGAGGCAAGGAUCUUGUGUAUUCCCUCAGCUUGGAACAAAUCAGCAAUGGCUAUAGAGAGAUACACUGGCCCAGUACAGAACUAAAAGUAGAAGAAUGCAUAAUGAAAGGAAAAGAUGCAAGUGAGUGUGCAAAUUAUGUCCGGGUUUUGCAUCCCUAUAAUCGGACACACCUGCUGACCUGUGGGACUGGAGCUUUCGACCCACUUUGUGCCUUCAUCAGAGUUGGAUACCAUGCAGAGGAUCCCCUGUUUCACCUGGAGUCACACAGGUCUGAGAAAGGAAGGGGCAGGUGUCCCUUUGAUCCCAACUCCUCCUUCAUCUCCACAUUAAUUGGCAGUGAGCUGUUCGCAGGGCUCUACAGCGACUACUGGGGCAGGGACGCUGCCAUCUUCCGGAGCGGGGGGCGCCUGGCCCCCCUCCGCACCGAGCACGACGACGACCGCCUGCUGAAAGAACCAAAAUUUGUAGGCUCAUAUAUGAUUCCUGACAAUGAAGACCGAGAUGACAACAAAGUGUAUUUCUUUUUUACUGAGAAGGCGCUGGAGGCAGAAAACAAUGCCCAUGCAAUUUACACCAGAGUGGGGCGACUUUGCAUGAAUGAUGUGGGGGGACAGAGAAUACUGGUGAAUAAGUGGAGCACUUUCCUAAAAGCGAGACUGGUUUGCUCAGUACCAGGACUGAAUGGAAUUGAUACGUAUUUUGAUGAAUUAGAGGAUGUUUUUCUGCUGCAUACUAGAGAUCAUAAGAACCCAUUGAUAUUUGGACUCUUUAAUACUACCAGUAAUAUAUUUAGAGGACAUGCUAUAUGUGUCUAUCAUAUGUCAAGCAUUCGGGCAGCUUUUAACGGACCAUAUGCACAUAAGGAAGGACCUGAAUACCACUGGUCACUCUAUGAAGGGAAAGUCCCUUAUCCAAGGCCUGGCUCUUGUGCCAGCAAAGUGAAUGGAGGGAGGUAUGGAACCACGAAAGACUAUCCCGAUGAUGCCAUUCGAUUUGCAAGAAGCCAUCCACUUAUGUACCAGCCCAUAAAACCUGCCCAUAAAAAACCAAUACUUGUAAAAACAGAUGGAAAAUAUAACCUGAAACAAAUAGCAGUGGAUCAAGUAGAAGCGGAGGAUGGCCAAUAUGAUGUCUUGUUUAUUGGGACAGAUAAUGGAAUUGUUCUGAAAGUAAUCACAAUUUACAACCAAGAAACAGAAUCAAUGGAAGAAGUAAUUCUAGAAGAACUUCAGAUAUUCAAGGAUCCAGCUCCUAUUAUUUCUAUGGAGAUUUCGUCAAAGAGACAACAGCUGUAUGUUGGAUCUGCUUCUGCCGUGGCCCAAGUGAGAUUCCAUCAGUGUGACCUGUAUGGAAGUGCUUGUGCUGAUUGCUGCCUGGCUCGAGACCCUUACUGUGCCUGGGAUGGCAUAUCCUGUUCCCGGUAUUACCCAACAGGCACACAUGCAAAGAGGCGGUUCCGCAGACAAGACGUGCGGCAUGGAAAUGCAGCUCAGCAGUGCUUUGGACAGCAGUUUGUCGGGGAUGCUUUGGAUAAGACUGAAGAGCGACUGGCAUAUGGCAUAGAGAACAAUAGUACGUUGCUGGAAUGCACUCCACGAUCUUUGCAAGCAAAAGUUAUCUGGUUUGUGCAGAAAGAACGUGACACAAGAAAAGAAGAGGUGAAGACAGAUGACAGAGUGGUUAAGAUGGACCUGGGUUUACUCUUCCUAAGGGUACGCAGAAUGGAUGCUGGUACCUAUUUCUGCCAGACAGUGGAGCACGGCUUCGUCCACACGGUCCGUAAGGUCACCCUGGAGGUCGUAGAAGAGGAGAGGGUGGAGGAGAUGUUUAGCAAAGACUACGAAGAAGACAGGCCUCCCAAGAUGCCCUGUCCAGCCCAGAGCAGCAUCCCCCACGGCGCAAAGCCAUGGUACAAGGAAUUCUUGCAGCUGAUCGGCUAUAGCAACUUCCAGAGGGUGGAAGAAUACUGUGAAAAGGUCUGGUGCACAGAUAAGAAGCGGAAGAAGCAUAAACUGUCCCCUUCCAAGUGGAAGUACGCCAGCCCCCAGGAGAGGAAGCUCCGCCCCAAGGCCGAGCACUACCGUCUGCCCAGGCACGCGCUGGGCUCCCGCGGGGCCGGGCCCUCAGCUGGCUUCUGAAGAACUUGGGUUCGGAACCUGAAAGAAAAAAGCAAAAAAAAAAAAGAAGAAAAAAAGAAUGAGAAAUCAUCCAACUUCUUUGCAUUACUUACAAGAGAUUUCUGUAAUACAGAAAUGACUGUACAGGUAUUAUGAUAAAUUAUUCUACAUACUCCUUUGACUGCUUAAACAUCACAUAAAAUUAACUACUUUUUAAAAAAAUAAGUAUAUGGUUCAAUGGUUUCACAUUAUAUUUAUCACAAAGUGACUAUAGCUGUAGUUGCGAGUACUUGACUGCUUUUCCAUAACCGUUACUUUACCCUUGCAAGACUUAAGAUAAUGGGAAUACUGAUGAAAAUUUUGAGAUUUUAAUAGUCAUGGGAAAAAUAAAAAUAACUGUUUUAAUCUUUCUGAAUUUUGCCUUUUCACCACAUUGUAAAAUAUACAUACUUAAUAUCAGAUAUUUUAACAAUCUCAUGUCAACUGUAAUUUUUAAGAGUUAUUGUAUCAGUGUUGUCAAAGCCAUGAAUUUGAUGAAGCAGGUGUGUUGUAAUUAUUGUAAACCAUGAAAGAAAAUUGUGUUCACCUCGAAAAUUCUGCCUUUCAUAAAACCUUCAAUGAACCAUGGAGUGAAGGGAAUAAUGAGGUGAAGGUAACUUCUCAGAAAGAGCUCAAAGAAUGUCAAAACAAAAUAAAUGGAGUUAUACUUAGAACGGUAAUUGAAA